CGUAGACUUCGGUCGCUGUUAAUACCUAGGUUAUCAUCACAGCCUUCAACCAGAACCAUACUCCGAUGCCAUCAAUCAUCCAACUUAUCGCUUUCACAUCAGCCGUUUCGGCUCUCGGGAUAAAUUGUCGUGGCUCUGGGCUUUGUCCCCGCGCGACCUGGAAUAAUGAUGUCUCUGUUAUUCAACUACUCCGCGACGCUGUCUACGCUGCCCCAAACCCCCUAUCGACAAGCUAUAAGAGCGGCGACCACGUCAUCUGCGUCUCGCAAUCGCAAAAGAUUACUAUCGAUGCAGGCUUCACGCUGGAUGGCUUUACCGGUAGCGUCGGCCUUUCGGGGACCAUCCAGGAAGGCGGCAUCUGCCCCCUCCCUCAAUACAUGUCUUCGGGAGCAACCUUGACGCUGGCGCAGAUCAGACCGUUGAUGGAUGCCUUACUCAAGCACAAGUGCUCUACUUGCGGAAGCGUACCGAUACAUUAUGUUGAUAAGGGCAGUAAUAGCCCAUCGGAUGGAAUCUUGACAUUCAACUAUGUCGCCGCACCAUAUUGUAUCGAUAACUGAAUCUCGGCGGUUGGUGGAUUAAGUUCGAGCUCAGCUACUGGUGUGCCCAAGACCGUGCCCAAGACUGUCGUCGCAUCGUCAAGUGUUCUGAUACAUAGCACAACUAAGCUUGCUUCGAUACCGGACACGACGGCGACGGCGACAGUUGAAACUAUUACUGUCACAGCUUCUGAUCCAGUACAGCCCGAAUCCAACACUCUAGUACCCACUACGACUACUUCCAUCACACCAAGCAAUACGUCAGGGGUUGCUAAUAGCGGUAGGAGAUUGCAAAUGAAAACCAGGUCAAGUUGUGGUAUCUGUAUUACUUUUGUAGUAUGUUGGCUGUUAUAGAAGACACUUGACUCACAACCGUCCGUCUUAGUAGCUUAUGAGUCAAAAGUAGGUGACAAUUCUUGAAAUCAUCAAUACAUCUAGGUAGGUAGGUAGGUGGG